CGCUGCUCCUCUACACCACAUUCCAUCACUCAUUUGCAGAAUGCUCAGAGUUUUUGCCCAGACCGCUCGGUACACAGCCUUUACCCGCAGCCUCUCUACCACCCGGUCCAUUUUUGCCGCCAAGGGUGGCCGGGUAUUUGAGACAACACAAGAAACGUUUGAAAAAGAUGUGCUGGAGUCCGACACACCAACCCUGGUAGAUUUCUACGCCAACUGGUGCCAGCCAUGCAAGAUGCUGAGUCCAGUCCUGACCAAGGCCGUGGAAACCGACGGGCGCGUGAACCUGGCUAAGAUCAAUGUCGAUGAGAAUCUGGAUCUGGCGCACGACUACAAGGUCACGUCACUGCCGACGGUUGUGGCAUUCCGCGAUGGCGAGCCCACUGCUGCCUUCAUCGGCAUGCGGCCGCCAGCAGCGAUCCAGCAGUUCAUUGACGAGACGGCCGAAGGCAAAAACUGAAAUGCAUUUAAAAGACUUUUAGUUGCUCUUACGCUUCUGUUCAUAAAACUUGCUCAGCGCACCCUUCUCUGCCUCAGGGACCUUGCGCUUCUUGUUUUCAUUG